GCCGGGUCUAAGACUGUGGUAGGCCCGGCCCGUGCAGUUUGUUAACCUCUGCUUAGUAGACAGUGUUAAUGGGUGGAAAGUCAGAUCAGUGUAAAGGAAUGGGAGAUAAUGACUUUCCAUCACUCUUAAACUCUUUGCAAGUGUUACUUAAUUUUCACACCUUUGCUUGGUAUUUCAGCAAGCUGUAACUCAUUGGAUAAUCAGAACAAUCUAAGUAGGAAUGCAACAACUGUUAGUUCAGCUUAUGGGCUAUUCUUCUUUUUGUGUUUUCUCAAAACUCAGUGGCGUUUGACCCGUUGGAUCCUUUCGGGAACAUAACAAUCAAAUGGGAUGUCAUAUCUUGGACACCAGAUGGUUAUGUGGCAUUGGUCACAAUGAACAACUUCCAAAUGUAUAGACAUAUAAUGACUCCUGGGUGGACCCUGGGAUGGAACUGGGCUAAGAAAGAAGUGAUAUGGUCAAUGGUGGGAGCCCAAACUACAGAACAAGGUGAUUGUUCCAAGUUCAAAGGAGGAAACGUACCGCAUUGUUGCAAGCGGGACCCGGUAGUUGUCGAUUUGCUACCUGGAGUUCCUUAUAACCAGCAAAUCGCCAAUUGUUGCAAAGGUGGUGUGGUGUCUUCAUAUGGCCAAGAUCCCUCUGCUGCGGUUUCGGCUUUUCAAGUCAGUGUUGGCCUUGCUGGCACUUCAAAUAAAACUGUAAAACUGCCCAAGAACUUCACUUUGCUGGCCCCUGGCCCGGGCUACACUUGUGGCCCGGCUACGAUUGUGCCAUCUACCGUCUAUUGGACUAAGGAUCGGAGACGGAAGACUCAAGCUUUAAUGACAUGGAACGUGACAUGCACUUACUCACAGUUUUUGGUAUCCAAGCAUCCAAGCUGUUGUGUAUCUUUUUCUUCCUUCUACAAUGAAACCAUCACUCCAUGCCCAUCUUGUUCAUGUGGUUGCCACAACAAAGACAAAUGUAUCAAGAGCGGUUCAAAGAGGGCAACCUCUGUUGGGGUUAACACACCAAGAAAAGAUAAUGAACCAUUGCUACAAUGCACUCAUCAUAUGUGCCCCAUACGGGUGCACUGGCACGUCAAGCAGAAUUAUAAAGAUUAUUGGCGCGUAAAGUUGGCUGUCACUAACUUUAACUAUCGACUAAAUUAUACACAAUGGACUCUCGUUGCACAACAUCCGAAUCUGAACAAUGUGACACAAGUUUUUAGCUUUGAUUACAAGCCUUUAGUUCCCUAUCAAUCCAUAAAUGACACGGCGAUGUUUUAUGGUAUGAAGUUUUAUAAUGAUUUGUUGAUGGAAGCUGGACCAUUUGGAAACGUGCAAUCCGAAGUGCUCUUGCAGAAGGACAAGAACACUUUUACAUUUAAGCAAGGAUGGGCUUUUCCUAGGAAAGUUUACUUCAAUGGGGAUGAAUGCAUGCUUCCUCCUCCUGAGGCAUACCCUUCACUACCAAACGAUGCUAAAAUUGAAGCAAUCACGAUUUCAGCAAUCGUGGCUUCUGUGAUUUGGUUGAUACAUCUUUUCAUUUGGUGACAAUGUGAGUGAGACUUAUGUAGUUCAUGCCAGAUUUUGAUGUCGUUUAUGUUUGCAUCUAUUUUGAGUGGUAUGGUUUCAUUUUCAUGUGUAAACAAUGAAUGCACUUGUCACCCGGAUGUAAUAUCAUAAGCAUUUUAUUACCCUUGAUGUAAUAUCAUAAGCAUUUUAUUA